UCCCGCCUUCUCUCUCUCUCUCUCCCCUGCGACUCCCUCCCCGACUCACCCUCAGUUCCUCACAACUCACAAGUCCACUCGAUUCGAAUCUUAUUUCCUCACAAUUUCGCAAACCCUAGGUCCCUACCCUUGGUUACUCGCACUCGGCUCCCUCUUUCUUUUAUCACCAUAUUGCUUGAGGAGGGAAUUUUGAGGAGCUUCCAAGUUUCUAGAGAACCUGUCCUCCCGGGGGCUCUUCUCAUCCACCAUCAUCUCCUCAAAUCCGGUGAUUUCUCUUUCGUCUCCUCUCUCUGUUUAAACCUUUUAAACCAUGCCAUUGUCUCUAUUCAUCUGUUUGAUUUCUGAUACAUUUUGAGGUAAAGUUGUUGAAUUAUUAAUGUCUGUAGUUUGGCUGUCGACGUGUAUUACUAGUAUGUUUUGAAAAAAGGGGGAGGGAGGGAGGGGGUUUUCUUCUUCUUAAGCAGUUUGCUGUCGUGAAUUUCAUGCUUGUAUGAGAAGUCUUAGAAAAGGAAUUGAGCAAACUAUUUGUCCCUGCAUGUCAGGUUAUUUUUGGAUAAUUUUCUUUAAGUUUCUUUUGUAUGGAGUUUGAGUUGGUGUGAUAUGCAUAUAUGCAAGCACGAGCUAAACCAGGAAAUAGUUGGAUUAGUGUGACUUCAUCUUUCUCAAGUAUUGGGCACCUCUAGUAAGGGACAUUUUGUAACUGUCACGACAAUUUGAAUACUGUUUAUGCCCAGUUCGUAUUGUGAAUGUAUUGGCUGGGAUGCACAUGGAAGUGAUGCUCCUUUGCUUGUCCUUUUGUUCCUUCAAUUACCUUUUUUUAAUAUCUAUUAUAGUUAGCGACUUUAUAGUUACCCCAUUUGGGUGUAUGGUUUGAAACUUUAGUUUUGCCAAUUUUAAAUGCUUGCUAAGUUUUUGGACUUUAUAAAGUGAACCACUAGAGCAGUUGUUACCCACUAGCAUUCGAUUGGCUAUUGAAUAAUGGAGGGUUAUUGAAAUGGAGGAGAGAGGGAAGGUUCUUUGUUUUCGAUAAAUAUGAUGAGGUUGAUAAAUCUUAGAUUGGCCAUUCCUUCAAGCAGCAUGUCUUUUGUUAUUUAUCAUCUAUGGCCACUCAUAUUUUCGCAUCAGCUCAUAAAAUCCAAGUGCUUUUGAUACGUUGGGAGUGUUGCUAUACUGAACUUGGUCUGACAUGGCAUUUUCCCUUCACCAUAUGGCACCAGUUAUCGUCCUACAAUAGCAUUUGGUUCACUACAUGUAGAUCCACAAUCCAAGUUUGAGGGGAAGCUGAAACUCCCUCUUUCUGCAUAUUUAAGUUCUUAAAUCAGUCGGCAGAUGUAUGGUCAUGUGGAGUAACUCUCUAUGUCAUGUUAGUGGGAGCAUACCCUUUUGAAGACCAAGAUGACCUCAGGAAUUUCAGAAAAACAAUUCAAGUAAUUAUGCCUCCUCCAUCUAUAUGCUUUUUGAAAAAAACAUCGAGCUUUCAUAUUUUCUUCUUCCUAUUUGUCAUUCUUCUGCAGAAAAUAAUGGUUGUGGGCCCUGAGUUGCAGGUCGUCAACAGAAGUGGGAAAUCUAUUUCGCCUUAGAACUUUAGCUAUCAGUUUGAUUGUUAAGUACUCAUAUUGAUUUUGUUACAUCCACUCAUUAUUACUUUGGAGGAAAGUGAAACAGUUCUUAAUGAUACAGCAGAUAAGCUUGGCAUUGAAGCAGUGUGCAUCUGUUUUCCUAACUUCCUUUUUUUUUCAUUCUUUUAGUUGUUCUGUGAUACACUUUAAUGAAGAAAUAAUUUACGGCCUAAUGAAUGGUUGUUGCCAUUGUUCUUGUGUUAUCAAAUUAAAAGAAAACAAAUGAAUGUUGCUUUUUAUAAAAAAUUUAAGGCAAAUGCCUCAUGCCUCAAGUAUUAUGCCCAUCACCUGAUCACUGUUGCGGAGCCUAUGGUUGCAAGAUGGGGUGGGGGGGGGGGGGGGAUUUUUUCUGGUUUGGGGGUUGUUUAUUUUUACCUAUGGUCAUAUUACAGGAAGAAUAUAUUCUUUGGCUAAUGACCCACCAAGUCCGAGCACUCUUACACCUUUUUUUGUUGAAAUGAGUUAAAAACAAGCAAUAUAUCAAGAGUUUUUUUUUGGCUGAAGUUAGCAAAUGGGUUUUCCAGGAACAAGAGGGCAUCUCAAGGCUGUGAAUGCACAACACCAUAAAGUGGGGGAGGCUAAUGAACCUGCCAUGUAUAGGAUCAAUGAUCACUUAGUUGAGAUUUAUGAGUGGUCUGGUAGAAGUAGGGAACCGUUUGUCGCUGAUGAUGUUCAGGUGCAGUUUUACAUGAUGAUCAGUCCCUAUGUUCUGAAGACUUUAUCAACUCACAAGAAGAGUCAUUAUUUUACGGCAUUCAAGGAUGUUCUUGAUGUUUUUGGGAUUUUUCAGUUCAAGCUUGAGUACCAAAGGCCUGGAUACACGAGCUUGUCCAUGUAAAAGCAGGUAUAUAAUGUACUUGAGUUAUUUAGAGGUAAUCAUAUAUUUGAUUGAUAAUAUCAAUAGGCACAGUCCAAAAACAUGGGUUGUAUGUAGGAGCUUAGUAUUGUAGGAGCUUAGUAUUCUUACAAGUUGUGUCGAGGAUUCGAGAAUAUUGCCCCCUGAUUGUGAACCAUAUUCAUGAAAUCCUCCUCAAUUAUAGGAGAUAUUUCUAGGUGAUAGUUUCCAUAGUUAGUUGUGUAAUAUAGAUUGUAAAUCCUUCCAUAUCUGUACAAAUUGUCAACUUGUAUUUUUUCUAUAAAUGAAAACGUCACCACCAAAG